UCCCUUGCUUUCCCGUACGAUAUCGUCCCUCUCCUGCUCCUAUCUUCUUCCUCUCUCUCGCUCAACGUGUUUGACUCCUAUCUCUCGUGCAAGGGCUGACACCGGUGAUCCAGGAAACAAGGUGGUGGAGGAUGGGUGACAGACGGGUGGCGGUGGGAGUCGUAAGAGGAGAAGGAGGAGGAAGAAGAAGAGGGGGAGACGAAGUUGGGGAGGGCAUGCAUUGUCUGGACCACCCUUACCGCAGUAACGCCAGCGGAGUGUGCGCCUUCUGCCUGCAUGAGAAGUUAAGCAAGCUGGUCUCCUCCUCCAACUCUAGCCCUUUCUUUCCCUUCCAGCCUCCCCCUUGCUCCACCUCCUCCUCCUCCUCGUCCUCCCCUACUUCCUUCAGCUCCGACGCCGGCAACGGAGGUGGGGGACUAGGAUUCGCGCUCGCCUCCGACCACUCCCGGACCAGUGCCAACGGCGGUGGUCCAAGGACCAUGUUCCCCUUUCUGGCAGACACCCACAGCAAGAAGAAGAAGAAUAGCGGUGGCGGAGGAUACGGAAACGGCGCAAGGCAGGUGAUGGCUGCUGUCGCCACCACGACUACCGUGUCGGCGGCCAACGACAACGAUGUUGUCCUUAGAAGGACCAAAUCGGUGGCAACGAGGACUACUGGAGGCCUGGCGCAGGGUGGUGGCGUUGGGUGCAUCGGGGUGGCAGAUAGCCCUCGGAAGAAGAGCUUUUGGUCCAUCAUCUAUAUCUCGUCCACCUCUUCCACCUCCACGUCCUCUUCCUCAGUCACUAACAACAACAGCAGCAGCAGCAACAUCAUGAGGCGAAGAUCCACUUCAUCCUCGUCGGGCGGAGGGAACAGAAACAUUGCCAAGCGGCAACAGCAGCAGCAGACUUGUACACCAUAUAAUUUGGUGGACAAGCAAGCAGCGGUGGCCGGCCCCAGGCAAGGGGAGAAUGGUGAGAAGGAUGCGGAGAGCCCGAGCGGCAGCCAGGCGUCGUCGUCGUUGGGCAGGAAGGUGGCCAGAUCCAGGUCGGUGGGCUGCGGCAGCAGGAGCUUCUCGGGGGACUUCCUGGAUCGCAUCUCCACGGGGUUCGGCGACUGCGCUCUCCGCAGAGUCGAGUCCCAUCGCGAGGCCAAGCCCAAGUCCAAGAUCGUCCUCCACCUGGACCACGACAACGGCGACGGGCAGCGGCGGCGGCCGAGGAUAAAGGAACGGGUCAAGUGCGGAGGGCUCUUCAGAGGACUGGGGAUGAUGUCCUCCGCCUACUGGCUCUCUUCGGCCGCCGCUGCGGACGACGACUACGAUAGCAGCAGCAGGACAUCGGCCACAACCCCGGCUGCCUCGGGCUCAACUGCCGUGCGAGGAAGAAGCUCGCCUCACGGCCGGACCAGGAGCUGGGGCUGGGCACUCGCGAGCCCAGUGAGAGCCUUUAGGCCUUACUUCUCUUCUAAAUCUCUUUAUGCCAUCAGCAACACUGCAUCCGCUGCGCCGGUGACCAACGCCAGCGACAAGUUGGUCAACAGCAAAGCGAGCAGACUCGACGUCGUCCAACCCCAGAGUGCACCUGAAGACCUUUGACGGGCCGAAGCAAGUAAAUGGCAUGACUGCUCUCGGGGCCGUCGCCCUUUUCUGCCAUUGCCUGCAUCAGCCGUCUCUUUCGCCCUGGGCAAACGACAAGUGCUUUGUGCCUUUUUCUUUCAUGCUUCCUAGCUACUUACCCUUGAUCUGUGCCUGCAUCGUCGCCAUGUGUGUACCAGUACGAGACGUGAGAAGCUUCCCCUGGUCACAAAAUACUUGUGCAGGAGAGCGAAGGAGAGCGAAAUCAAUUCUUUAGGCGCCACUGCGAAGCAGAAUUCGAUGAAUCAAUUAAUCGAUGUUGUAGGCCACACGAUUCAGUUUCCGUCGUUAUCUUCUUGAACGCAUCCUCCUCCACCUUUCUAUGUUCCCCAAGACAAAAGAUGGUGCGCUUUCUUAGCCCCCAGGAUUCCGCCUCUGAAAAGGAACCCCCGCUCGCCUGCUUUUAAUGGUGCUACAGGUCUAAUCUAAUAAUAAUUAGAAGCUAAGCAAUCAUUCUUAGUUCCUGUUGUUCAUUAAGGAUGGUUGGAGGGAUGCAGCCUGUCCAUGAUCCACUGCCAGUGCAGCAACUGAGGGCCCGAGAAGAAGUGAUGACUAGAGACAGAUGAAGAGGAGGAGAUAAGGUCAUCGUAAGGGAAGAGAGAGAGAGAGAGAGGAAGAUGGGGAAUCGAGGAAUACAAAAAGGAGGAAAACUGGACAGUGAUAACA